AUGGUGGUAGAGGCAGGUAGAAUCAGUGGCAGCAACCCCCGAGGGGAUCAGGGAGCCCCCAACCAGACCCAGGCCAGCCCUGUCCUGGGGCACCUGCUGAGGGACCACUUGGAGGGAAGGAACAGCACCAACUCCACCAGGGCCCUGAAGCUUCCAGAUGGGACCAGUGCCGCCUGGUAUAUCCUCACCAUCAUUGGCAUCUACGGAGUGAUUUUCCUCUUCCGACUGGCCAGCAACAUCCUCAGAAAGAAUGAUAAAUCCUUGGAAGAUAUUUAUUACUCAAAUUUGACCUCUGAACUUAAGAAGAAAGGGCUCCAGAGCAAGGCAGCCAAAUGCUCUUCACUGCCCGCUAGCAACAGAGCUGUCCUGCAGCCCAACCAGGCCAGCCUGGGGAUAAUGUGUGGAAACAGCAGCCCCACACCAAAAUCCAAGGAAUCCCUUGAAAGUCUAGGCAAGCAGGCCUCCGUAGAAAAGGCCCAAACUUCUUGCUUUGGGGAGCGGCUUUGGAUUUAA